AUGAAAGACGACUUUCAUAAACUUCAUGGUUUUAUUUAUGGCAGACCCGGAACAUUGGGGAUAAAUCCAGGCAUUGGAGACGGAGAUUUGGAAAUAUACAUUUCAGCAAAACUAGAAUCUUUUCUGCAUAAAUGGGAGGGAAAUGAAAGGAUAGAUUUAGAAUCUGAAGAAGAAGCAAUUAUUGCUCAAAAUAUUAUAGAAACUUAUAUUAGGAAUAAGCUUGGAUAUACUCUUCGACCAGGAGAUUUUAUCUUAAACUGUUUUUCUUCAUCUCUCAUCAAACCUUCGGAAACAGCUUCUAAAUCUGCUAUAAUUGAACCAGGAGCAGCUAGACCAGGAACUGAAGCUGCUAAACUAGAAAAAGCAGCUCCUAAAGUAGGAGGAGCUGCUGAAUCCGAAAGUGCAGCUUCAGUGCAAGAAAUAAGAAUAAAAAAAGAUCUUAUUGAAAAUUCUGAUGUUACGAACGCAGAAUCGAUGCCUAUUCUUCAAGAUCAAAAAGAUCAAUCAGAUCAAAAAGGUCAACAAGUUCAAAAAGAUCAAUCAGAUUUAUCAGAUCCAACAGAUCCAUUGGUUUUCAAAGAGAAAUUAAAAGGAACAGAAAAAAUCAUGCAUUUGUACUCCGGACUUGGAGGAGAUAGCAAGCCUGGAGUUAGUUGA